CCAACAAAAUUCAGUGACGUCACAGGCAUGGAUGAGGUCUUCUAAAAUUACAUGAGAUCAAAAAAAAAACAAUUUCACGACGUAUGAACUGGAUUUUGGCGAGAAAUUAAAUAUUUAAGUGUUUGUUUCGGUGAACGACGCGUGUGAAGUAUUAAACGAACAUUAAUAGAAGGUUUUACAGUGAGUUUUAAGACAGUUGUUAGUUUUGGUUGCAUUGGAUACAAAAAUUGAUAUUUAUAUUGUCCGAGCCACCAUGCAAAAAGCACCCACCUCCAAGUUCAAACUCUAGAAUGUGAAUACACCCACCGCCAAAAUGCCUGUCGUCUCGCCUUAUAUCAACAGCAGCUCCACUCUGUCUGGAUCCUAUCGAUCCACCCUCACGUCCUCGUCCAGCCUCGACAAGCCAUACUUCCGAUCCAGCAGCACCAGCACCUACUCAUCUUCAACUUUAAGAAACUCCUAUGGCGACCGAACCACAGAAUACAGAAGUAGAUACUCCGAUGUCGACGGUAAAAGGGAGAGGAAAAGUUCCCUAGUGGAAUAUUCUAGAAGUUCUCGAGCGCCUAGUGUCACAGAUUCAGACAGUGGCGUGUCUACCAGAUUCAGAUCGGACAGAAGCGAAUCUAGAGGCAGAGAUGUUUCCACAACUAGAAGCGAAAGCAGCAAAGUUGAGCGUCCAAAAAGGAACUUCCCAACGUCUGCCGCUUUGGCGAUGUCUACGGCUGAACUAUAUAACAAAUACUCACCAGCGAACUAUAUUCCGUACACGCAAAGGAUACAACAGCAGCAGAAUGAGAUAGCGAGAUCCAAGUCGAUAUCGAGCGACAUCGGGCGACCGCCGGCAUCUGAUGGCUCCAGGUUGAGGAAGCCAAGGAACUCCGCUGCCACAAUUAGCGAGAGGCCCGAAGGCAGGCGGUUUUACAAAGAAAGCUCACCCACAACCAGCUACGGAAAAAGAAACUCUAUGACCAAUGGAAAUAAAGACAGCAAUGGCAAUGAGGUACCCUCAGUUUUAGAGAUACGAAAGCGUUUCGAUCCAAAAAUGACAGUGACGAAACUGCCAGCGAACGACUCACGAUACUCCAAAACUGUCGAUCAUUAUCUCAACCAGCUUAAAGACGUAGAAAACGGCACAGGGUACACUAAAGUCGUCCCCAAGGACGAAAAGCCAGUGCCGGUCCACUCUUAUGAAAAAAACGGCUUUAACAAAUGGGAUUCUUCAAGCUCACGAUCAAACUCAAACUCAGACUUAUCAUUAUCCAAAACUACAUCAGAACCGACAUCAUUAGCCAAGCCUGCGGUCGAGAAAAACGGCAUGUCAACAUCAUUAACAACAAAGCUACCGUAUGACCGGAUAGCUAGCAUCAAAUCUCAAUUAGACCCUAACAAUCCCAUAGGAAAGAUUCUAGAAAAAUCAACAGUCAUACAUGUGGAAAAUGGAGACGAUGACCGCCUGAAGCGGAACAGUCCCGAAAUCACACCAAAGUUGAAAGAAAUUAAGAAUGAUAUAGAGAAACAGGUCAAAACACCCCACACUUCUAACUUUGCUUCGUAUAUACAGAUCUCACAGCCUAUUGCAUCAGGAACAUCUAAGAAAGAAGAUGAAGAACCUAGGAAAUCCAAACCCAGUUUAAAAUAUAUAGAUUCUGAAGAAGAUAGAUUAGUGCUUGAUAAUGACAUAGACUCCCCAAGUGGGACUGGCUUUGAAAACAAAACUUUUGAACACGAAAAUUUUCUUAAAAAGCGGAGUGAAAAUCUUGAAAGUGAAAUAGAAGAUGGAAUCAAAUCCAUGGAAACCAGUACGGAGAGUACUGUUAGUGAACCCACAGAAGAUUCUAGUCCUGACACACCAUCUUCUAGAAGGAAAAUCCUGGACGCGAAGGAUAUAGAAGAUAUCAAAGCGGAGUUAGCGGGCGGGAAGAGCGGGGGGAGCGGGCUGCGACGCAGCACCGAGAGGGAGCGGGACACCAUCAGCGAGAGCCGCGAGAAGUUGCAGGUUAGCGGUUUAAAUGGACUCCGCAACAUCGGUAACACCUGCUUCAUGAACAGCGUCAUCCAAUGCUUAUCCAACACUAAGCCCCUGCUGGAGUACCUGGAACAGGAGCAGUACACAUCGGACAUCAACACCACUCUCUCCUGCAUGAAGGGCGCGCUCAUAAAAGCGUUCGCGUCAGUAAUCAAAGAGUUGUGGGAGCCGGGCUCGCGCGACGCGGUGGUGAACACCACCUCCUUCAAGUCGCAGGUGCAGCGCUUCGCGCCGCGCUUCAUGGGCUACAGCCAGCAGGACGCCCAGGAGUUCCUCCGCUACCUGCUGGAAGGUCUGCAUGAGGACGUGAACCGCGUCACCGUCAAGCCGAAGCCGAUCCUCACAGAAAUCGACGACAGCCUCAGCGAUUCAGCCAAGGCUCAAGAGGCGUGGCAGCGCUACCUGCGCAUGGAGGACAGCCGCGUCGGCGACAUCUUCGUCGGGCAGCUCAAGUCCACGCUGCGCUGCACGCACUGCAAGGCUGACUCCGUCACUUUCGACCCAUUCUGGGAUCUUAGUUUGCCGAUCCCGUCACGGACGGGCAACCUGAAGCUGCAGCAGUGCCUGCAGCACUUCACCAAGGAAGAGGAGCUGGACGGGGACGAGAAACCGACAUGUUCGCGGUGCGGCGUGCGGCGCAAGUGCCUCAAGUGGUUCACUGUACACAAGUUCCCACAAGUUCUAGUGCUGCAUCUCAAGCGGUUUUCACCAACGGAACGUUUCCGCGGCAAACUGAAUGUCGUGGUGGAGUUCCCUCUGACAGGCCUCGACAUGUCGCCCUACGCCGCCAGCAAGUCACAACAGGCCGUCUACAACCUGUACGCCGUCAGCAACCACUCAGGCACGACGUACUCCGGCCACUACACGGCGUACUGCAAGCAUCCCCACACGGGCGACUGGCACGAGUACAACGACUCCAGAGUGAGUCCGAUCAGCCCCCGCAACGUGGUGUCGUCGGAGGCCUACGUGCUGUUCUACGAGCUCGCGCGCUGCUAGGGCCCGCAGCGCCGGCCCCGGCUACCCCGGCCUCGCGCCGGCCCCACACCGGCCCCGCACCGGCCCCGCCCCGGCCCCUCGCCGGCCCCACACCGCCCGCGCCGCCCGCCGCUAGCCCGGUCAACGAGGUGCGCACAC